GCGCAACCCCAAUUGUCCCUGCACAAUUCACACACGACAGCCAUGGACCCGCAAACCGACCUCCCGGACCUCGUCGAGGACCUCGAAGUCAACAUCGACGAGCUGACCAGCACUCUCGCGCCUAUCCUCGACACGCCUCUCCACACAACCGCGUCGUCGCUUCCCCUCCUCGACAAAGCAAAACUCUACGUGCUCGCCGCCUACUCCAUCGAAUCGCUCCUCUUCUCCACACUGCAAGCCUCCGGCGCAAACGCAAAGGAACACGCUUUGUUCCCCGAGCUCGCGCGCCUGAAAAAGUACUUUGCGAAGAUCAAGGAAGUCGAGGAGCGCGCACCUGGUGGAGCCUGGGAAAAGAGAGCGCGUGUGGAUACCGGUGCUGCGGCGAGAUUCAUCAAGCAUGGGCUAGCAGGAAAUGACAGAUACGACGCGGAGAGGAAGGAGCGCAUGGCAAGGGAGAAGAAGAGGGCGCAGGAAAAGGCCAAGUUAGUCAACAAGAAGUUUGACGAGGAGAAAGAGGAGGUGACACCCAAGAAGAGGGGCGUCGAUGAGCUAGACGAAGAGAUACCGGAGGCCGACGACGACGCAGACGCAGACACAACAGCGCCUGCGAACAAGAGGACGCGCGUGUCAGCCUCAGACUCUAUGGAUAGCACCUCCGCCCCCACACCAGCUACACAGACCAAGGAGCGGAAACAGCGCGGCAAGGGCAAAAAGACAAAACAAUCCCCCGAGACCUCGAGCGCAGACACAGACGACACCACCACCCAAGCCCCAGACAACAAGAAGAAAAGGAAACAGCGUAGCAAACCCGCAAAAGCCGCGCACAACGCCGAAACCGACCAAGUCACCCUCUCAUCACGAGCCCCCAAGACGCGCAGCGAGACGUUCAGCGCCCUUGUCGAGGGCAAAACGAGGGGUUCUGCAGCCAAGGGUAAAGCCAAAGGAAAAGGCAAAUGAACAAGGCAUGGUGUGGACGAGAUAGGAGAGUAGGAUACAAGUAAUCGCAAGGGACAUGGUCGUCACAUCGUCAGUAGGGGGACAAAUCGACAGUUCUACGACGAGGCCAGGCCGUUCGUUCGAUCAUUACUAUUUGGGGGUGCGAGAAAUUGGAACAUCACAGCAGAGCAGAGUAGAGUAGAGCACGUGUGUAGCUCGUCAUGCAUGCAUCCACAACUAUUGGAAAUAGCUUAGAUAGAGAACCCUCGUGAACGCAGGAGAAGCAGAGCCGCAUGAAUGAUACCC